UGACUCCAAACAAUCUCUAGGCCAAAUUUCGACCAGACCAAACACCCCAAAUGACGAGCUUGCCGUUUAUUUCACGGCGUUCCCCUGUGAUGGGCACCCAUGGCAUGGUUUCAUCAAGCCAGCCGCUGGCAACGCAAAUCGGAAUCGACAUCUUGAAGCGAGGAGGCAACGCAGCGGAUGCAGCGAUCGCGACCGCGGCAGCACUGAACGUGACUGAGCCUUGUUCCACUGGAAUUGGAGGCGACAUGUUCUGCCUAUUCUAUCGCGCUUCUACUCGGACUGUGCACGCGGUGAAUGGGAGUGGCCGAUCGCCUGCCGCGUUGACGCUGCAAAUUGCUCGGGAAUCCUGCGCUGAGAACGCAACGUGUAUUCCAACCACCAGCGCGCAUGCAGUCACUGUUCCCGGAGCAGUGACGGGUUGGUGCGAUACAUUCAAGCUCUUUGGCAGCGGGCGUCUCACCAUGCAAGACAUUUUGACGCCCGCCGUGGAGCUCGCGCAGAAGGGAUUCCCAGUGAGUCACAUCACCGCCCAUUCUUGGUCCAAUCAAGCAGCCCUGCUGAAAAGCCAAUCACCAGGUGGUGCUGAUUUGUUGGUUGAUGGACGUGCGCCAUUGCCUGCCGAGCUGUUCCGUAAUCCAGCACUGGCAGGAGUCCUGAAGGAGAUUGGAGCAAGGGGCGCAGAGGCAUUUUACACGGGUAGAGUGGCCGAAGCGAUCGUGGAGUCGCUGUCUGCCAAGGGCGGCGUCAUGACGCUGCAAGAUUUGCAAUGCCACCUGGCGCACAGCCUUUCAAUUGGCCCAGACGCCCUCCACCAGGCAGCCUUGCACAAUACCACCGUGGUUGCGCCGAUUUCCACCUCCUUUGGUGGCCUCCGUGUCUGGGAGUGUCCUCCCAACGGCCAAGGCUUGAUUGCGCUGAUUGCCCUCAACAUUCUGGAAGCCACUCCGGUGCUCAGUCACCCAGUCAACAGCGCCGAGUACCUGCAUUACAUUAUUGAAAGCUUGAGACUGGCGUUCGCAGAUGGACAAUUCCACAUCACGGAUCCUACAAAGUCAAACAUUCCGUUGGACACUCUUCUCAGCAAAGAGUAUGGCAGGACGCGCGCACAGCUCAUCCGCCCAGGUUGCGUGCUCCCAGCGACGUCGACUGGUGUUCCCGUGAACUCAACGGACACGGUGUACUUUAGCGUGGUCGACGGCGAAGGCAAUGCAUGCAGCUUUAUUAAUUCAAACUACACGGGCUUUGGGAGCUGCAUUGUCCCAACAGGGACUGGCUUUUCGCUCCAAAGCCGCGGGUCCAACUUUUCACUGAUGCCCAACCAUCCGAAUGUUGUGGCGCCAGAAAAGCGGCCGUACCACACAAUCAUUCCUGCAAUGCUAACAACAGAUUCUGGGGAGCUGUAUGCAAGUUACGGCGUGAUGGGCGGUUUCAUGCAGCCGCAAGGUCACGUUCAAGUGCUUCUCAACCUCCUGAAAGACGACAACCCGCAGCAUGCUCUCGACCUGCCCAGAGUCUGCAUUACACCCGAUGAGCAUGGGGAUGGGCUGCCAACCGUGUUGCUGGAAGAAGGCAUUGACGCUGCAGUGCUGCAACAGCUUGCAGGGUGGGGACACAGCGUCCAGCAUGUGACUGGCACUGCGCGGUCUGUCUUUGGACGCGGCCAAGUCAUCCGACGUCUGCCUACGGGUGUCCUUGUUGCCGGGUGUGAUCCCCGCAGCGAUGGGAUGGCGUGCGGUUGGUAGCCGUACUUUUUGGCGCUUGAUCACUCAGUUUUCCAAUGGUUCUCAAGCAGCAGAGCGUUCAUCUGCCUGUGGCUGUCUUGUUGACGGAACGGAACGGAACGCCGGGAGUGUGUUAUCUCGUGUUUUCGUGUUUCGUGUUUUCGUAUUUCGUGUUUCGUGUUGUUUUCGCUCUCUCUCCUUCUCUCCAUCUAAUGCAAUCAAUCUCAGCGUG